UCAUGGCAUCCAAGGGGGCUCGCCAGCGGUGGAAAGGAACCGGCGGAGAGAGGGAGGAAAACAGCGGGAGGCAGCGAGAGGAGAGGCGGGUGGUGGAGCCCAGAUCCGAGUCGUCGAGUAGUAAAGCAGGUCAGGUUUGGGCUCCAGAGGGUUCCACUGCUUUUAAAUGCCUGAUCUCUGCCAGAUUCUGUGCGGCACUGCUUAGCAACAUUUCGGAUUGUGACGAAACCUUCAACUAUUGGGAACCUACUCACUAUCUUGUCUAUGGCAAAGGAUUCCAGACGUGGGAAUAUUCUCCAGCGUAUGCCUUACGCUCGUAUGCUUACCUUUGGCUACAUGCGUUGCCUGCCUGGUUCCAUGCCAACGUCCUGCAGACAAACAAGGUCCUGGUAUUUUACUUUAUACGAUGCUUUUUGGCUUUCAUCAGCUGUAUAUGUGAACUUUACUUCUAUAAGGCUGUGUGCAAAAAAUUUGGACUCCAUGUUGGCCGGCUGAUGUUGGCUUUCCUUGUCCUCAGCACUGGAAUGUUUUGUUCAGCAGCAGCUUACCUCCCCAGUAGCUUCUGUAUGUAUACUACGAUAAUAGCCAUGACUGGCUGGUACAUGGACAAGGUCUCUGUUGCAGUGCUAGGAGUGGCUGCUGGUGCAAUUUGGGGCUGGCCAUUUAGUGGUGUCUUGGGGAUACCCAUUGCCUUUGAUAUACUGUUCCUGAAACAGAAAUGGAAGAGUUUUAUUAACUGGUGUUUGGUGGCUUUAAUAUUGUUUUUGGUUCCUCUGGUGGCUGUUGAUAGUUAUUAUUACGGAAAGCUGGUAAUAGCACCUUUUAAUAUCUUUCUGUACAACGUCUUUACUGAUCAUGGACCCGAUCUCUAUGGAACAGAACCUUGGCAUUUCUAUUUCAUCAAUGGCUUUCUGAACUUUAAUGUGGUCUUUGUAAUGGCUCUCUUUGUAUUGCCUCUGACGGCCCUGAUGGAACACUUGCUGCAGAAGAUAAAUACAGUUCAGAACCUUGGAAGACCGUAUUGGCUGACUUUGGCGCCCAUGCAUAUCUGGAUUCUGAUUUUCUUCUCUCAGCCUCAUAAGGAGGAGCGAUUCCUGUUUCCCAUCUAUCCUCUGAUCUGCCUCUGUGGGGCUGUGGCUCUUUCCGCACUACAGAAAUGCUACCACUUCUUGUUCCAGCGAUAUCGAUUGGAACAUUAUACGGUCUCUUCCAAUUGGCUGGCACUGGGAUUUGUUUUCCUGUUUGGCCUUCUAUCCUUAUCCCGUUCCAUAGCUUUAUUUAGAGGUUACCAUGGGCCUUUGGACCUGUAUCCUGAAUUCCACCGGAUUGCCAAAGAUUCCUCUUUUCACACAGUGCCAGAGGGCAGAUCAGUCAAUGUGUGUGUAGGAAAGGAAUGGUACCGCUUCCCCAGCAACUUUCUUCUUCCAGACAAUUGGCACCUCCAGUUUAUUGAGUCAGAGUUCAGAGGGCAACUUCCAAAACCAUAUGCCAAGGGGAAAAAGGCAACCAGAAUUAUUCCGAAAGACAUGAACGACCAGAAUCUGGAAGAGACCUCUAGAUAUGUGGACAUUUCAAAGUGCAAUUACCUGGUAGAUUUGGAUUCGGUCACUGAAACUCCACGGGAGCCCCGUUACUCUGCAAACAAAGAAGAAUGGACAGUGAUCGCUUACAAACCAUUCUUGGAUAGCACAAGGUCCUCCAAGCUGUUCCGUGCGUUUUACGUCCCAUUUGUAUCCAGUUGGCACACCUCUUAUUCCAACUAUACUAUUCUAAAAGCCCGCAAGCCCAAACAGAUGAAGAGGAGGAGUGGAGUAUAGAGGAACACAUGAACUGACUUAAUUGUAGAAGAUGACUUCAUCCGGAUCGUGGUUCUACAUCCAAAGAUACAAUGAUACGCAGUAAUCCACAGCCCUGCUAUACUACCAGAGUUACCUGUAAAUGAUUGUAGGCCUGUGUAACAGCAGAACAUUGCAACUUUGUUUUCUUUGUUAAUUCUGGUCUUAUAAUGCAUUAGAACUUGAAUUAGUACAAACAGAAAACGUGCCUCCCCAGCUCGUUCUGAACAAGAUCUAGAUAACUGCAAGUUGCCUGUGUAUAAGGGUUAUGUACCAAGAUCCACCAUGGGUUUUAUAUUGUCUUUUAUGGUUGAAAACAUCUCAUGUGUAUGAUGUGUAUGUCAUGUAUGUUAAUUGUGUGUCUGUAGACAGAGGUUACUGUAAAUGUUUCCUUCCAAGACGUAUUUAAGAGUGAACAUUUCCUAGCAAUAUGGAUUAUGGUUCAUUGCACACUUGUCGGUUUCUGGAACUAUCGUCUUCAUUUCAGAAACACUGUUAAAAUGAUAUCUUUUGUAGAAUCAUUCUUUCUCUUAUCUAAUUUCCUCCUGGCCCACUUUAUCCCAGAAGACAUAGCUAGAAAGUAAAUAUACGGCUGUAUGAUUAUUGAAGGUGGCGCACUUGUUGCUGCACAUGUUAUAUAUUCUUAUCUUUGACUGUGCACUGACUCAAUUUCUGUCUUUUUGCCCAUCAGACAGUGACACCUAGAACUCUAUGGAACUGUCUGUCAAUUAUG